ACCCAAAUCGGAAAUGGAAGUUUCGUACGCGCAGCUGUUCCGGCACUCCCUCCCGAGCGAACGCCAGAGAGGCCUCCUUCCCGAGCGCGACAGCUAGGGGUUCCCAGCCGCCGACGGCCUGCCGCCACGACUGCCAGCCCGCCACCGCGGCGCGCCCAGCCGGCCGAAGCCCCCGCCGCCGGCACAGGAGCCCAGCAGCGCCUCCCUCCGUCGAGCAGCCGCUCCCACCAGCAGCGCCUCCCUCCCAGCAACGCCUCCUCCCGGAACUACGCCGGCGACCAGUCCAUAGGCAGUUGGAACAGGUCAUCAACAUUUUCAAUUGGAGCUGCUUGGAGCUGCUUCAGCAUCCUCAGGAGAGCAAACAAGAAGCGCCUCCGUCGUCCUCGCUCCUCUGAUGGAGCGGACGGAGUGGAGCCUCUCCGACUUCGAGAUCGGCAAGUUCAUCGGCGAGGGCAAGUUCGGCAAGGUCUAUCUCGGCCGCGAGAAGCAGAGCGGCUAUGUGGUGGCGCUCAAGGUGACAUACAAAGCGAAGCUGCAGAAGUACCGGUUCCACGCGCACCUGCGGCGGGAGAUCGAGAUCCAGCAUGGCCUUGACCACCCCAACGUGCUCCGACUCUUCGCCUGGUUCCACGACGCCGAGCGAGUCGUCCUCGUCCUCGAGUAUGCCGCCCGCGGAGAGCUCUACAAGCUCCUCCGCAGCGUCGGCCACUUCUCGGAGCGGACCGCCGCCACCUAUGUAGCAAGCCUUGCUGGUGCAUUGGCGUACUGUCACAAGAAGCAGGUAAUUCACAGGGACAUCAAGCCGGAAAAUUUGCUCCUUGAUAUCGAGGGCCGACUUAAAAUUGCAGACUUUGGAUGGGCGGUUCGAUCAAAUGCUAAACGUCACACACUCUGUGGCACAAUAGAUUACCUGGCACCAGAGAUGGUAGAGAAAAAGGCUCACGAUUACGCUGUUGACAACUGGACUUUAGGAAUCCUGUGCUACGAGUUUUUGUAUGGCUCGCCACCCUUUGAAGCUGCAGAACAGCAAGAUACCCUGAUGAGGAUAGUCAAAGUGGACUUGCUGUUCCCUAAAACUCAUGACAUAUCUGCAGAUGCCAAGGAUCUCAUUUGCAAGCUGUUAGUGAAGGAUUCAAGCAAGAGGAUUUCUCUUGACGAUAUUUUGAAGCAUCCAUGGAUUGUAAAGAAUGCAGAACCUUCAGGGAGUUGCAUUGAGCAAAAAACUAGUGCCUAAGCUCCUCGGGAAGUUCACAUUUCUUGAUCACGGCUGCAGCCUCCUCUUAUUUGUUGUUUGAAUUCGAAACUUCAAUAAAAUUACAAGGGAAAUUGGGAGAGAAUUGAAUCUUGUCCCAACUCUGAACCUUGCUGCUAUGGCCAGUCAUGUUCUGCCCAGCUGUAAAACCCCCUAGUCAUUUUUUUAAAUGCUAGCGGCACUAUUCUUUGUAACACUAUUAGUAAUAUACAAGAGGCAAGGCGUAUAAUGAGUGGCAAGAAUUCUCUUCAUAAGUAAUAUGCUGCAUAUUUUGAUA